AUGGGUAAGCUACCUACCCCGCAGUGCAGUGCUAGAGGAAUGCCCGGUUGGCCCAGGAGUCAAGUACACGAGCUACCUAGGCAAGCUGCGAGCUGUGAACUCUGGAACUGCGGCACAGGCGAGCUAGAGCUGCACAAGCUAGAAACGGGAGAGCGAGUUCAGAUACUGGGCAAGUGUAUCUGUAAGCCCCCUCCUCGCUUUCUACCUACAUUGGCCGGGCAUUCACCACCACCACAUUCCCGACAACAUCACCUCGUCCCCGUCCCCGUACCUACCGUCACAGGCAUCGCCGACCUUCCCGCCUGCCCACGCCCGGUCUCUCGACUUCUGUCUUGCUUCAUUGCGUCCCUUGGUCCACUAGUCGCAACUUAUUGAGCUUGUUGCCUGCCUGAAUCGACCCUCGGAGGACACUCCGAUACGGAUACUGUCCAAUCCAUUGGUAGCUUCGUCGUUCUUGCUUGCCUCCAACGCAGAAACCUUGGCGAUCUCUCUCUCUCUCUCUCUUUCUCUCUUUUUCUCAAACAAACACACACGCACACUCAGCCACCCUUCUUUGAUCGUCUUUUCCUUGCCAACUUCCCACAUCCAGCCCCUGCCCUCCCGUCAAACCCUCCCUUGCGCGUCGACCGCAACUACUCCUGUCCCAUCACCCUGUACGCACUCUUCCAAGAGCCCACACCACCAUCAUCACCACCGCAUCCUUGCCUGCCUUGCCUACCUUGCCUACCUUGCCUCAGGGCAGAAGGUUGCCGCGUCCUCCUUCUCGGCAACACGACAGUUUAUAGCCUGCCACGACGUUGGCAGCCAUCCUGAACUACAGCAAACACCACGCGCUGCUGAGCCAGCACUCUCAAUCUCGCACUCGAUUCCAUCCGGCCGUUCCACUCUCCACCUCUGACGCACCGAGCACGACCGCCCUGCCUGCCUCACUCCGAAAUCCAAACGAGUUGUCGCGGGGCCCGAAACAGACCCGCUACUAUCUCGUUCCCGUACCGUUUUUGGUCGAGGAACGUUCGCUCGUCUGUCUGCCUGCCUCAACCGUAUCGUGUCGUCACUUUCAUCUGCCCUGACAGCUUUUGCCAUCAUCGUUGGCGUCCAUUCCCAACCGGUGCACGAUCAGCUGUCUGUGACCAACGGUAAGCGGAUUCCAAACCUUCGUUCGAGGAACCCCGCAGCAGCGCUACAUUUGUUUCUCGCCCGCAUCCUCUGCGUCUCUCUUCACCACCCCUCUUCCGGCCUUGCCGUUUGUACCCAGCGGCGAUGUUUCCAUCCAACACAGCUUCCGCGGCGAUUGCUCCAUUCCCCUGAGCAUGCCAUCCGCCCGCACUUGGCCUCAAUGCCUGUGCGACUACCCACGCUGCCCCAUCUGACUGCGGCCCCUCCGUUUCGGCGCAACCAUCAGGAAAUACUCAGUUAUUCUUGAUAAUGAUGACCCCACUGCGCCGUCCACUUCCAUCCGCCAUCAUCGAGCCGUCACCCUUCCGAUCCCACCCAGUCUUCACUUACUGCCUUCUCUCAUCCAAAGCCCCCCUCCAGUUCUCCAAUGGUUCUACCGAGACACUGACCAAUCAGCAUUGAAGCUCGUUCCUUCGACCCUUUUCAUCGCAUCGAGAUACACCUCCCACGGACCUGAGGAGACCAUUCAACACCUCCAUUCCACAUCUACUCCUCUACGCUCACUCAACGUUUUGCCGCACCACGAGUCUCAGGUCUAAUCCAUCGCCAAGUAUACGAAGGCGUCGCGAUCGGUCCGAGGCUCUAGCAGACUCUUCGCUUUGUGGUUUUUCCCAGUCGCCUCCUCGAGCCAGAACCCCAUCCUCCGCCCUUCGCCCUUGCUUCGCUGCCGCCUCUCAGAGUGCCUGAACAAGAUUGCUGCCGGCCACGGAACCUGCUCCGGCGCAACCAGCUAGCAGUCUCGGCCGCUACGACACGCAGGAGACAAUUCACCCCGUGUGAAUUGUGUAGCUCAGCGCACGACACGCAUUCAUUCGUCUUGCACCAGCCCAACUUUGCCAGCCAGCCGGUACGAAUCAAUCCAACAGAACUUUGAGAUCAACACUGGUUCCAAACCCGGCGAGCUCCCUGUCCUGGACAAUGAACACCCCUCCGAGCUUCUUCAGUGACGCGGUUGAUGUUGCAACACCAACUAACGAUGAAUUCCCCAGCGAUCAUCCUCGGAAACUGGAUCCAGAUUCUUUCCAUUUCACUCCCCCGGAAGACAUUGACUCACCGCCUGGCAUCAUGUCGCAAGAUUCGUCGGCUUACAUGACCGUGUCAAGCGCCUGGGGUCCACUGGUCCCCAAUCCGCUAUCGCUCUACGGCCACAAUUACCACUCGCAAUACGCCACGAAACAAGAAGAUCUUGACGACCGCCCGGUACUGUCGAUUGUCCCGUCUGUGUCAACCUCUCAGUCUAGUGUGAGGGCUGAUUCCAGCAUUUCAAUGCAAACGCAGACAUCCAAGUCGAGUAGGACAACUGAUCCCGCUGAUGCCAGCCCACCGAGGAAGAAGGGAAGGAAAAGCAAGGCUCCCGUACAAGGCGAGAAUGACGGAAAACGAGACAAAUUCCUCGAGAGGAACCGGGUUGCGGCAAGCAAGUGCCGGCAGAAGAAGAAGGAAUGGGUUUCUGACUUGCAGGAAACCAAGCAGGGGUUGGAAAACCAACAUGCCCAGCUGCAGAUGGAAUACAAUGGACUGGUGAAUGAGGUUACGCGCAUGAAGAACGAGCUCAUGUCCCACGCCAACUGCAACGACCCAAACAUCAAUCUGUGGCUAGAGAACGAAGCGCGACGCUUUGUUCAAAUCAGCGCAGACCGCGUCAAGAAACAGAGUCUUGACGCCAGCCGGGCGGUUGGUGAUAGGCCACUUGGCAUGGGGGGAAGCUACAUGCCGUCGAUUGACAGCCAAAUGUCUCUAAUUUCUCCCUCACAUUCUGAGCGCGCCAUGACGACCAUGUCUUCGAGAUCCGGUAGCAGCGCAGACAUCAACUACGACCACAUGCCGGACAGUGCAUUCGAACAGGCGUAGGGCGCCUCGUAGUGAGGGGUGGAUGAGCCAGCGUGAGUAGCUAGGCCUGCACCCAAGACGUCGAGCGAGCCACAUGGCUGCAAAAUUUUGACGCAUCCACUGUUGUGAAUUUUCCAAUUUCGGAGUUGGGGAUUGGGUUAUGGGACGCAGCAGUCCUUUGAGCGAUGACUUGAAAGGGGGCAUCAUGAUUGUCAGCCGGAUUUCUUUCUUCUAGAGGCCAGCCGAAAUGCCAGGACCGGAACUGCAGCCUGAUAGAUACCCUUGAACUGUUGUGGCUGCACACAUUCGAGGCAGAAAAUUCCACAAGCCGGACUAGCAGGGUGGGAUUCUAACGGACACGAAAUAAUCAAAACCAAAGGACAAAUGAACUGACUGAUGGUCACUUGCCUGAU